GCAAAUGUACGAUUUUCUCGCGGCGCGCUUUACAGCGUUCUAAGCCCCUGAAACAUCCAACAAUGUCACGAUUACACGCUGUUCUCAUCAGACUAAAUCGGCAACAUUUACUGUUGAUCAAAUACGUUAUCUGGUGCGAAAUCUAUACGUCUCUGAGAAUCCCGUUAACUUCAAGUGACAAUUUGAUAUGAUGACAUCUCAGCGUUUUUAUUAACAACACUAUUACCUCCGGUUACGAGAGAUCUAAGUUGUUUGCUAAUAUACGCGGUUUUGGGGUCACCCGCCGCUAGCAGUGCCCCUUCGAUCAUUGGCUAAAUUUUUUCGCCAGAUGCCGUAGGCUUCGACGGUCACAAGAUGCCAUCAAGCUCUCCUGUUAACUUUUCCGGGCCAAAUUUCGUAGUUGUUUCGAACAUUUUUCGAAGCACUUUAUCGAGCAAGCCAUCAGGACUUUAUGAAGGCCUUUUGUACGCAUCGGCAUCGUCCAUGUUCUUCUCAUUGUGCUCUGUUAUUGUGAAAAAACUUGAUUACAUGCAUCCCGGACAAUUAGCGUGCCUUCGCUUCAUCGGCAUCUUUGUAUGUACGCUUCCGUUUGUGCUUUAUCGUCAGCAGCCAUUGUUUGGCUCACCAGACGUACGUUCCCUGUUAAUUUUACGCGGUCUUGCUGGCAGCACUUCGCUUUUUCUGCGAUUCUGUGCUCUACAUUAUCUGCCGUUAGCAGAUGCUUCAGUCAUCAUCUUCUCAGUACCGGUCUUCGUUGGUGUUAUGGCGAAAAUUUUUCUUAACGAAGCUUGUACCUUGUUUCAUUGGAUGUCAACGUUUGCCACAUUAUUUGGUAUCGCUCUUAUUACAAAACUUUCGCUGUUUUUUGGAUCGCCCUUCAACAACACCUCAGAUAUUGUUGACCUUACGCAAUUCGAAACGGUACUACCUCCUUUCCUGUCCUCAGUACCAUCAAGUGAUCGCACGGAAGGCGAUUCUACGGCUAUAACUUCGAGUACUAAUCGUUCCUUAAACUAUACGUUACCCGUUGCAACAACGCUCAAUUCACCGUUAAAAGUUGCCGAUGCCACCGAAAAUGAAUUACAGCGUUUUUAUGGAAUUGCAAGUGCGCUUUUAUCGACAUUUUUUUCGGCGGCAGUGUAUGUUCUGCUUAGAAAGUUACGUGACAUUGAUCACUUUGUGAUUAUGCUAAACUUCGGAUGGGUGGCAAUUCUUGAAACAUUGACGAUAACUUUGCUGUUCGGUACCUUCACCCCACCGCGCUCUCCGAUGGAUCAGCUCUUAAUAGGAAUCCUCUGCAUAUUCAGUUUUAUUGGUCAAUUGUGCUUAACACACGCCCUUCAAAAUGAGCAGGCCGGCCCGGUAUCUGUUGUCCGCUCUACGGUCGAUAUCAUCCUCGUUUUCGUCUGGCAGCUGAUUUUUUUUGCAGAAAUCCCGGAUGGUUAUAGUAUUUCUGGAGCUAUCCUUGUGUCAUCCUGUGUCAUACUGACAGGCCUGAGAAAAUGGCUGUUAAGUUUACCCGAAAGUUCUGCCGCCAAACGUCGACUCUAUUUUCUCAUAAUUUAGGUAGACUAAAAGAAACGAGACAGUUAGGUAGAAAUUACGUGACAGUACCGAAAGAAAUACUUGAAAUAAAUGCAUGAACCUUAUUUGGGCACCCAUGUGGGUGUGGGCCGGUGCGCUCGUGUCUGCAAGGAAGCUCGAGAAAGAAGAUGGAACCGUUUGCUUCCUUACUGAGAUAGUUGAUAGGUGUAUGAUAAUUAGAACUCGAGAUACUAGGUCGGGAAAUGGUUGUCUAUUUGCGUGUUGUCAUUACGAUAACGUUCCUUACAUGGUCUAUACGAGAGCGACCAGCUGACGGAAUUUACGAUUGCACAGAUAUACUGAGCAAGAUAACAAUAUUUUGUUAUUAUGCAAAAAUGGUUGUUCAUUGUUACUUCGGCAUUUUUUUUUUGUCAAUCCGAUCGGUUUAAACUCACUUCGGUGCGCGCUAGCGUUAAUACUGCCUAUCCAUCGUUUAUACAUUUGUGAAAACGUGACCGUGAUUGUCUAGUGCAGUAUCAGUGACAUGUGCCCCAUAACGUAAGUUAGUCGCUGUAUAUAUCAUAAACCCUAAACAUCUAUAACUUGAAAAAGGCUAUUUUCUCUUACUGUAUAAGCAAGCGCGAUAUAGCUAGGUCUUACAGUACGCUUAAAGUUAGCUUAAGGAUUGAUUCAGCUAUUCUACGUAGUUGAACACAGUGUCAGAAAAUCUAUGGUCGCUUGAUACAUCACACCGAUCGUGUGUAUCUGGAAAUCGAUGCUACUAACAGCAUCGAUA